GAUUCCUCUUACCUCACGUUCAAAUGUGCUGGAUGCACCGUUGAAUCUCUCCGUGAAGGCUGCCGGCGGCGACGAAUUCUUUCCUGUGGUUGUUGUUACGCUCGAAUUUCCGGUGAAUCUCUAUUAUUCGACUUCGAUUGUUCUUCCUCCUCCCGCUCUUCUUUUUAAUCGCCACCCAAUUCCUUACAUGGUGAUUUCGCAUUCGGGUAUCUCUCCUUUCGUUCCUAUUAAUUCCAGAGCUCUCUGCUGUUCUCCUGAAAUUUUCCCGGCAAGUCUCUGUAUAACUAGUAAUUGAGUGUCUGACUGGUUAUCCUAUCGUGGUAAUUGAAUUCUGCCAUGGUAGAGCUUAAGGUUUUGGGAUUGUGAAGAGAGGUUUUUUUAGAAUCAUCGUAUCAAUCGAGUUAUGCUUCAGAAGGGCUUAAGGUUUCGCAUUUUGGAGGAUUCAUUGAUGCACUCGAUAUGAUUCAAUUGCAGGUGGCCAAAUUUACCCGAACCAGUCUCCAUAAUUUUCAGUUUCAUUCUUGAGCAAUGCCCUCCAGCUGCAGUAUUAGAGCUCUCUGGAUACUCAACAAUCAGGACGCUGUUGUUUUUUCGAGGAGGUUUCCGGUUGUUGAGAAACAGUGGCGCACUGCUUUCAAAAGGGAAAAUGGGAACACUGGCCAGGAUCCUCCUCGGCUUCCCACUGAUCUGGAACUGGCAGAAGCUUUUGCCCGAAGAAAGACACGGGAAGUGUCAAUUCGUGGAUAUGGCAUACGUGUAGCUCAAUCGACACAAGGAUCAGAUUCAUGGGUCGAUGAUCCGAUUACUCGACAUAUUAUCAGCAUCUGCAUAGGCGAAGAUGAGGAAGAGGAAAAUCACAAGGACGAGGAAGGAGAUAAGAACAUAUUAUGGCCCUUAAUCUUGCACACAAAAGGCCUGUAUUGCAUCCUUGUGUUGCCAUUGGUUGAACCGAGGGAGCUAAAGGAUUACAUCAAGUUAUGUAGAAGAUCUGAUUGUGGACCGGCUGUUGGCGAAGAUUUGAGUUUGUCAUCUCUCUUGCUUGACAUUCCAUCCAUCACAGGAGCUUUCAUGGUAGCUCAUGCAUUUAGCGACGUAAUUUCCGGUGACACAGUUGAACCUGAGGUUGUUGUAAGUGCAUCACCAUCAGUAGGUGGGUUGUUUGAUUCACUAACAGGCAGUAUUGGCAUCUCGUCAAGGGCAAAACCUGUAGCUGCACCAGUUGCAUCUUCUUCCCCAUCUGGUGCUGCAGUGACUGGAGCUGCGGCAUCAGAUGCUCCUAAAAUAGGGUCAAGGUCAUUGGAUAAAGAUUUGCUCAGAAAUUUCAUCACUAGUGCAAUACCAUUUGGGACCCCCUUAGACCUCAACUUCUCUAACAUUUUCGCGAUCAAAGCAAAUGGCUUUUCUUCUGUUGACCCUCCUCCCCAAGAGCUGAAGCAGCCGGCAUGGAAGCCAUAUCUAUAUAAAGGAAAACAAAGGCUAUCGUUCACAAUCCACGAGACAGUCAACGCUGCAAUGUACGACCGGGACGAGAUUCCGGAUAGUAUAUCGAUCGCCGGACAGAUAAACUGUAGGGCUGAGCUUGAAGGGCUGCCGGAUGUGUCGUUUCCCCUGACAGGACUGAGCACGGCCCACGUUGAGGCUGUAUCAUUCCAUCCAUGCACUCAGGUUCCAGCACAUGGGAUCGACAAGCAGAACGUUGUUUUCCAACCUCCGUUAGGUAAUUUCGUGCUGAUGCGUUACCAAGCGGCUUGCGGACUUGGACCUCCGGUGAAAGGGUUUUACCAGCUAUCGAUGGUCUCAGAAGAUGAAGGUGCAUUCCUCUUCAAGUUGCGUCUCAUGGAAGGGUAUAAAGCUCCUCUGGCCAUGGAGUUUUGCACUGUGACUAUGCCUUUUCCGAGGAGAAGGAUCAUUGCCUUUGAUGGAACUCCAUCAGCUGGGACGGUUUCAACCACUGAACACGCUGUUGAGUGGAAAAUUCUGGGCAGCGGGCGGAGUCUUUCAGGGAAAAGCCUCGAGGCAACUUUCCCUGGGACGAUUAAGUUUAGUCCGUUGCAGAGCAGAAGGGGGGCCGAUGAAGAGAGUGACGGUGAAACUGCCGAGGGUACAGACAGUGUGGUGAACGUAGAGGAGUUCUUGGUGCAGAAAAUGAGUAAGGACCUCCCAGCAGCUGAAUUGGAGGAGCCGUUCUGCUGGCAGGCAUAUAACUAUGCUAAGGUCUCGUUCAAGAUUGUUGGGGCAUCUCUAUCUAGAAUGUCGAUCGAUACAAAAUCGGUCAAUAUCUACCCAGCCACUAAAGCUCCGGUCGAGUUUUCCACUCAGGUUGCUUCGGGAGAUUAUAUAUUGUGGAACACAUUGGGUAAGUGCCCGUCAGCCGCUACCUCGUAAUCCACAAACCUCGUCCAUGUCCAUGCCCUUGUUUCAUCCAGCAAGUUUUGUUUGAGUGUCAACAAAUGAAGUUUACCAUUGCAAAGUCCUAAUGGCUAGAACAUGUCGGCUGAUCAAGUGAACAAAAUGAUGUAUUUGCAUCAACAAAUGUAAUAAAGAAAUAUGUGGGGAGUCACCUAAAGGAUAGAUGGAUGGGUUGUGGCCUUCUUUGUUCUUAUAGUGUAAAACCACAACUCAGCUUUGAUGGGUCUCCUUCUGUCUCCUGUGGUUCUGUUUUUCA